CUCCGCCUCUAACUCACCCAGCACCUCGGAGGCAAAGCGACGCAAACAAACUUUCGUCUGCACACUGCGUCCCUCAUACUGUCAGGCUGAGAAGUAAAGAACAUACAUUGACAGGAAAGUUUAAUGGCUGGAUAAAGAAAUAUAAAGUGCAUGUGGAUAUCUUCUGGAGAGAGUGUGGCCCUGCUUUUCAACAAGUGAAAGAUGAUUAGAUAAAGAAACAGAUGCAGUGCAUAUGGAUAUUGUCUGAAAAAAAUUAUACUAAACAACUUGGGCAGCCAUCAUGAAUGUGAAUUUGCUUUGGGAACACAGCAUCAAGUGUGAGUUCUGUGAUGCAACUUUUGACAACCAAGAGACCCUGAAGCAGCACCUCAGACUCCACUCACGGAGGAAACCUUACAAGUGCGAUGACUGUGGUGCCAAGUUCUCCUACAACAGCACCCUGGAGUGGCACAAGAAGAGUCACACUGGAGAGCUGCCAUUUAAGUGUGAUGAGUGUGGUGCACAAUUCCUGCAGAAUAGUAUGCUGGUGUGGCAUAAGAGGAAACAUAGGAUAGGGGAAAACUCACAAAACUCCUCCUUGGUUGUGAAUGUGACAAACAUUUAUCCUCAGCAGAGCGUACAGAGUCUUCCCACAAUAUUUAGUCUCCCGAACUUGGUGAACACGGUAAACUCUUCAACUGUCAAUGUUGUGGCCACGUGUUCAGCUGGCACUACCACCACCAUUGCACAGCCAACACAUUUCCCAGUGAAUGACAUGAACCACCCUGUGUCAGUGGAGGGAAUCAUGCCCCCCAUGGCCACCCAGCCUGAGAUGGCACCUGACAUGGUUACAGGUAAAAGAAAACUUGAGGCAGAGGAAGGAAUGUUUCGAUGUGAUGUGUGUGGCACGGUGUUGUUUCAUAGCUCUGAUCUGAAGGCCCACAUGCAUACCAAACACAAUGUAGGUGAAAAUAAUCCUUUCCAUAUACUUGCCAAGCAGCAGCAAGCCAGUGGUCAGUUUAUGCUGCGAAAGAAAAUCAUAAUUGAAAAACCUUACAAGUGUGAUCUGUGUGGUGCUGGAUUCAACACAGAAGGUCACCUGAAGACCCACCGCCAGAAACAUAUGGUGGAAAGACCUUAUAAGUGUGAGAAAUGUGGCUUGACUUUCUCUGAUCACCCAACACUGGAGUCACAUGAGCGGCGGCACCAAGCUGAGCGGCCCUACAAGUGUGAUAGAUGUGGUGCCGCAUUUUUCAGAGAGAGUCACCUUCACCGACACAUCAAGAGACACACAGGAGACUUUGUUUGAUAAAAGUUAGCUUUACUGACACUGAGGGACUCUCUCUGUGACCUGCAGGGUACUUAAAUACAAUUCAUGUGAAAAGUGCAAGACUUUUUAGUUGUUAAACUUAAGCAGUGAAGGAGGAUAUACACAGGUUUUAAUUAAUUGAGAUGAGAAUGGUCAAUGGAAUAGAUACAUUAGUGACAUAAUGAGAGAGAUGGAUUAAUGUAGUUUGGGUAUGUUUAAGGGAUGCAGAAUUAGAUGAAAAAGGGUGAAAAUAAUGAGCUAUAAAAUAUAUGGGACAAAAUUUUACUAAGUGAACUCAGGAUUUUACUGGGCAGAGAAGCUGCUAAAGACUACAGCACAGAGAACUCCUAAUAACAUAAUGGGCUUAUGAAAACCAAAUGGGGAGAGAGAGAGAGAGAGAGAGAGAGAGAGAGAGAGAGAGAGAGAGAGAGAGAGAGAGAGAGAGAGAGUGCAAUUUUUGGGCCAAUGUGCAAUUUGUUUGAAUGCAAUAAGGCACAGAUCUCAAGGAGAUGAGCAGUGUAUGACAUUUUUAUUUCAGACCUACAAAGUUGAUAGAUGAAGACCUUCAGGAGCACCUGAGAGCUGAGGUGACUAGGAUAAGCCUGUAGGCUGUGUUUGAGAUGGCUUGUUGACAGAUGAACAGCUUGCCACAGGUUCAGAAGCCAUGGGGUGGAGGUCACUACUGUGACCACAUAUCAUAUAACAAUGACAUUGCCUUGAUGUUCCUGGUAGUAAGGAAGUGGCACAUUGUAGAUGCCUAUUCAGUAAUACAGUUGAACUCUACCAUUUGCAAGUAUCAGGUGUCCCUUCAGAAGUAUGUAAAAUUCACACAUAUUUGGCACAACUCAAUAAAGGUACCUUUAAUCUUGGCUUCAUAUAAUUAGCAAAAAUUAAAAUAUCUAAGAAGCCAUGUUUUUUCCUUGACAUUUAAGCUACAGGGAUAUUCACAUAGCUUUGGUACUACCAUUAAGUCAUCUGUUUGCUAAGGUUGUACUUUCAUUAAAGACCACUGUAACAUGCAAGAAUACCACAAUAUGAGAGUAAAAAAAUUAAGGAAAGGAAGAAUGGCUAUGGUCAUUCAAUAUUUCAUCUUCCAAAUUAGUGAAAAACUCCACAGAGCAGUAACAGUGAGAGCACAGUGCCAGCAGCCACCCAAGCACAGCACCCAGCACAACUGUCACCAUUUGUUCGAACAAGACUCAUGGGAAAGAAAACAGUAUUUAUGGGAAUUCCAUGAGAUUCAUAUUUUGUACCUAUAUUUUAUAUUAUGGCAAAUACAACUGUGAACUCACAAAUGGUGGGGCUCUGCUGUAUGAUUACAGUAUGUACUGAUAACAGUAAUUAUAUGCUUAUCUGCAUUCAUGGUGAUUAUGAUGAUGAUCAGAUGUAUGUAUGCUUAUAUGUAAUGAUUCAAAGAUGGUGGCAUGAUUAUAAUUAUAAAAUGCACAUGUAUGAUUGGAAAAUAUUCCUCAAUUAAUAUGAUUAAAUGAAUGGUGUAUGUAA